AUGUCGAGCGAGGAGCGGAGUUUUAAUGGCAGUAAAACGGAACCUACGGUGCUCUCGCAAUACAUCGAGGACGUCAAGAAGAUUGUCGAGAAAAGUUCAUGGAAGCCGAAGCAUAUUUAUUUCUCUCCGCAGAAAGUUCAUGAACCUCAAGCGAGUUUUAUAAAGGGUGGAGGGUUUCGCAGUCGUGAAGCGAGUAAUUCCUCACCGGGUUAUUCUCCAGGGCGUUUGGUUGCAUUUGAGUACUUCGAUACCGGCAAAGUUUGGGAUGAUGUGUCUUUGUCGAAACAUAAACGUGAUACUAUUAGUUUAUUUUCAGUUCACACAGAUGAGGAAAAAAAGGACCCCCGAACUCCCAGGUAA